AUGAGUGGCCCAGCCAGCCUGGGCCUCCUCAACUCAAGGCGAGGAACUAUCUCAAGUAUCGGUAACCCCACAGACAAGACACCUGACCCCUUCUACAGGGACCAGUACAGCCAGGAGCACCUGAAGCCCCCCGUGGCGUCCCUGCUGCUGUCUGCAGAGCUCUACUGCCGGGCGGGUAGUCUCAUCCUCCGCAGCGAUGCCGUCAAACCUCUGCUGGGACACAACGCCGUCAUCCAGGCCCUGGCACAGAAGGGACUGUACGUCACUGACCAGGACCGACUGGUCACAGAGAGGGACCUGACCAGCACUCCUAUACGCAUGAGUUCCCACCUGGCCCUGAUAGACACUCUGAUGUUGGCGUACACGGUGGAGAUGGUGAGUGUGGAGCGGGUGAUGGCSUGUGUCCACAGAUGCUCCUCCCCUCUCAACGACCCCUCCCACCCCGACGGACACAUCAGAGAUCUGCCCUACGACACUGAGGACGCAGUCACCACAUGGAUCAACAAGGUGAAUGAGCACCUCAGGGAGAUUCUGGUGGAGGAGCAGAAGUUGAGAGAGAGCUCUUGUCUUGAGACCACAGCUACAGGAGCUCAGAGGGCGCGCUACAGGAGGGAGUAUGCCCAGCAGAGGUCAGCUCCAUCACUCCCCCUGGUGGACAAUCUGCUGAAGGACAACACAGACGGCUGUGCCCUGGCCGCACUCCUCCACUUCUACUGCACAACGUCCAUCAGACUGGAAGGUACCGUACAGGAGGAUUAUUCCAUCACUUCAUACCUGUAGCCUUCUCUAGUUGGUCUGCUUUAUACUAAUAGGUUACAGUAACGUAACCUAUUCACUCAGAAUGGAAAGCACAGUAGGCUGUCAUUACACAAGUGUUUGACCAGAUGAGCAUGGGUGAAGUUAGGCCAGAAUCACAUACAUUUGUUAUAUUACAAAAUAUGGGCAUUCAAUCACAGCAAACAAUAUAUUUGCUGGACAAUAUGAUAGCUAUAAGGUGACAGUAUGCAUCCAACAGCUGUUGAAGUAUUAGAGAGGGACUGUUUGGGAACAGAAUUACCRCAGGGCUCAAGAAAAGGAUUACUUGUAAAUGAAAAAGAUAUCAGUAGCAUCAAUAGCUAUAUUGUUUCAACCAUUAGACUCACAGACAACUGAAGAGGGAAUUUCCCCACGGUAUGACCUCAGGAUCUAUUCUGGGUCAAUUUCCCCUGACCCUGCCAUUACACACCCACAUGUGUUUUUCUGGUUUGAAAAUCCCAGAAUUGAUUUAAAAUAGAAAAGUUAUUUACAGCCAACUAUUGUGUCCAUUAUUAAGUAUUCAGAUAACAGCUGUAAAGGGAUUCCAAAUGGACUCAUUGCAUUUAUUAUUUUAAAUAAUUGAUGGUGUCAAAGUACCAUCAACAGCAAUAUUGUUUUUUUUUCAAUAGACAUGCAGACAACAGUGACAGUGACCCCUGACCUUGAAA